CACUCACGCUCGGCCGCGGAGAGAGAAACACGCACACUCACACGGGAGCGGAGCCUGCACCGGGGUUCUCUCUUGCAUGAUCGCAACCUUUCUGGAUAUAACAAUGAUGUGGUCGGAAGUCGGGAAGCUCGUGCUUUUACAUUUAUUCCUCGUGGAGCUUCACUGCGCGGAAGGGACUCAUACAGAAUCGGAGUGUGAAACCGGACAGUUUCAAUGCAACAACGGAAGAUGCAUCCCGACGCUGUGGCGGUGUGACGAUGAUGACGACUGCUCAGACGGCAGCGAUGAAGAGAAUUGUCCGAAGAAAACCUGCGCUACCACUGACUUUGCCUGCAACAAUGGUCAGUGUGUGCCUGCUAGGUGGCGCUGUGACGGUGAGCCGGAAUGCGCCGACGGCUCCGACGAGGCGGACGCCAUCUGCAGUCGGCAGACGUGUCCCCCGGAGAAGUUCGAUUGUGGAGGCGCUGCCAUCAAAUGUGUGUCGUUGUCAUGGCGAUGCGAUGGAGAACGGGACUGUGAAAACGGAGCGGACGAGGAGCAGUGUGCUGCAGAUGCGAAAGCCUGCCCUUCAAAGGACUUCCAGUGCCGCAACGGAAACUGCGUUGCACCAAUUUUCGUCUGCGACAGCGAUGAUGACUGUGGCGACGCCAGCGACGAGGUGAAGUGUUCAGCGCCGACGUGUGGCGAGCACCAAUUCCGCUGCAACGACUCCGAGUGCAUCCCGGCACUUUGGAGCUGCGACGGCGAUCCCGACUGUAAGGACAAAUCGGACGAGUCCAUGGAGCGCUGUCACUGGAGGUCGGAGGCCCAGAAGCCUCGCUGUCCUGUCGGCGAGUUCCAGUGCGGCAGCGGAGAGUGCGUCCGCAUCAACUGGAAAUGUGACGGGGAUGCUGACUGCAAGGAUAAAUCCGAUGAAGCCAACUGCCCUCUGCUCACAUGCCGCCCGGAUGAGUUCCAGUGUGGUGACGGCUCAUGCAUCCAUGGCACCAAACAGUGCAACAAAGUCCACGACUGCCCUGACUACAGUGAUGAAGCUGGAUGUGUCAACGUAACAAAGUGUGACGCUCAACGACAGUUUCGCUGCAAGAACGGCGAGUGCAUCGACAUCAACAAGCUGUGUGACAACGUGAAAGACUGCAAGGACUGGUCCGACGAACCUGCCAAGGAGUGUGGUGUGAACGAGUGUGACGACAACAAUGGUGGCUGCUCCCACAUCUGCCGGGACCGCCGGAUCGGCUUUGAAUGCGAUUGUCCUCCUGGGUACAAGCUGCUGGAUAAAAAGACCUGUGGAGACAUUGAUGAAUGCGAGAACCCGGACGCCUGCAGCCAGAUCUGCAUCAACUACAAGGGCGAUUACAAGUGCGAGUGCUACGAAGGUUACGAGAUGGACCCUGCAUCGAAGGCCUGCAAAGCCGUGGGAAAGAGUCCAUACCUGAUGUUCACCAACCGCCAUGAGAUUCGGCGGAUCGACCUGCUGAAGCAUGAAUACUCACAGCUGGUGCCCACUUUAAAGAACGCCGUGGCAUUGGAUGUGGACGUGUCCAUCAACAAGCUGUUCUGGUGUGAUCUGUUCCAUCGUAAAAUAUACAGUGCAUACAUCAACAAGGCCAGUGACUCGUCACAGCAGGUGACGCUCAUAGACUCACUGCACUCCCCCGAGGGCCUGGCUGUCGACUGGGUUCACAAGAACAUCUACUGGACCGACUCCGGCAACAAGAGCAUCUCUGUCGCCACAGGAGAUGGCAGGAAAAGAAAAGUGCUGAUAGGGACUGCGCUGAGCGAGCCUCGUGCCAUCGCCGUGGAUCCACGACAAGGGUUCAUGUACUGGUCAGACUGGGGUGAUGAGGCCAAAAUCGAGAAGGCUGGGAUGAACGGAGUGGACCGGCAGGUUUUGGUGUCGGAACACAUCGAGUGGCCCAAUGGCAUCACGCUGGAUCUCUCCAACCGGCGCCUGUACUGGGUGGACUCCAAGCUGCACCUUCUGUCCAGUGUGGACAUGAACGGGGCAAACAGAAAAGUGCUUCUCUCCUCCGACCCUCAUCUGAGACACCCGUUCUCCCUCACAGUAUUUGAGGAUCGUAUUUACUGGACUGAUUUGGAGGACGAAGCCAUCUACAGCGUCAACCGUCUGACGGGUCACGAUGUGACAAAGGUAGCGGAGCAUCUAAACAACCCUCUGGACCUGGUUGUGUUUCACGAACAGAGGCAGCCAAAAGCACCGGACACCUGCAACAUGGGCAGUUUGCCGAACGGCGGCUGUGAAUACCUCUGUCUGAAGGCUCCUCAGAUCACUGACCACUCCCCAAAAUACACCUGCGCCUGUCCCGACGGCAUGGAGCUGGGUCCUGACAUGAGGCGCUGUGUUGUAGUUCGAGCCAGAAUGACAACAACAACAGCGGCUCCCACCACCACAACCAAAAGUACCACCACCACAACCAGAGCCGCCUCAACGACGACCACCCCGGCGCCCACCACCACUUUGGCACCCAUCACAACCACCAUCAGCACCACUGCUGCGUCCUCAACGCUCAGGUCAACGACGCAUUCUGUCACGACGCCUGUGUUCCCUCAGAGGCCCAGGGCCACGUCCACUGGGCAGCCGAGGACUCCUGCUGCCACCAGCACAGAGACCACCAGUGUGGGCAGCAGCAGGCUGACUUCUACAUCCACGCACACUCCUCUACUUGGCCCGGGGCCCCCAAACAGCAUCCAGAGAGAGAGCAAUGGCAAUCUCUCACAUAGGGCUGCGAGUGAUCACUACCUCAUAGGUAACAACAUCACAGUUGCUGUCCUGGGGAUCGUCAUACCCAUCGUCCCUAUCCUUGCCACAGUGGUCAUCGGCUUGCUCUGCACCGGCGGCUACCUGGUCUGGCGCAACUGGCGCCGCAGGAACACAAAGAGCAUGAACUUCGACAACCCGGUGUACCGCAAGACCACGGAGGACGACGACGACGAGAUCCACAUCGGGCGGCACAGCGACUCCAUCGGCCACGUCUAUCCAGCAGUGAGUGGCAGUCAGCCCUUCAUAGCGCUUCCACUAGGGGGCGGCAUCACAGACAGCAACUCUCACUGGUACUCAGGGGCGCCGAUGCACACCACCACAAAGUGAAGCUAAAUGGUCUGGAUUUGUCGGUGAGAAGAGUUUGGGGUUGGAAGCGCCCCUAUGUUCAUGUUGGCCUGGUGAAGAGAAAGCACAGGCUUGCGCAUGCACACACACACACACACACUGCAGUAGUCAGCCUGUCACACCACUUUACCUUCCAUCAUUGGCCAUGACGUACUGCAUCAAACGAUAUAUCCCCCCUCACCCAGACACACCCCAUCUUUGCGUGUUGUGUUGGUUCUCCUGGUGUUUUUUUUCAUUCAAGUCAGGGUAUUGGGAACAUAUCAGCAGAAGUUUGUUGUACUAGGGCUGCAAAAUGUCUGGGAAGAAUGCUGCGUCCAGCUGAACAUCUAAAAACUGGGCAAGUCUUUCGCUGUGGGAGUGAGACCUUGGGGUGACAGAUGAAGCACAUUGAUGUCAAAAACACCCUGAUUUGUUUUAUGACUAAGUUGUGGAUGAACACUGCAAUAAUAUUAUUUUCAUCGUGGUUAUUGUAAUAUUGCAGCCAUGAGUCCAUUGAGACACAUUCAUCAAGCUUCAUUUCAUACUUGAGUCAACACUGUGAUUGGUUUAUCAGACACCAGCAAUCGAAACCAUAUGAAGUCCAGAGCUAUGACUUGGCUCUUCAGCUGCUGGAGCUCAGCAGCAGUUGUAACAACCUUUUCAGUUCAGAAUUUUACCAGACAAAUUUAAAGCAGCAAUAAAAUACAAAUAAGAUUUCAUGAACUUUUGCAGCCCUGGUUUAUAGUAACAGUAGCAGAUGCAUUGAACGUGUGCGACUGGACUAAAAGGAACGUUGGAUUGUCUUGAUAGAGCAGCACAAUUUUCAGAAGUUGCAUAUUUAAGUGGAGAAAAGCACAGAUUUCAACACAUAUAAUACCAUUUUUUUAAAUGAAUUGUCAUUGGGGAUUCAUUUUCAGGAGGAUUCUUUGCUGGUUUCAAAAAAUGUAAUUCUGAUUCGAUUGGAGCAAAACAAUAAUCUGAAUUCUAUAAGGGCAGGUGUAGAACACGUGUUGCUUACGAUUUAUUUCUUUUUGCUUCAAAGAUAGCAAUCCAAUGAAGAACGGCGGCCAAAAUUGGAGGGGGAUGGUAGCGUGGCGCUUUGAUCGGUUGGCAUAGUAACACAGAUUUCUUUGUGCUGCUCAGGAGAAAAAGCAGGCGAGGAAUUCUGGGUAUCACUGGCAUGACGACAGGACUACACACACACACAGUCGCAGAUGAAAACAGGUCCCCGACGGAGUCAUUUACGAUUCAAGGUCGAAGUAACAAUGGUCCGCCGAGGCGAGACACAAAGAGGCGACUCUCACCAGCUUCCUUCUGUCUGCAUCUGCACUUUUGACGAAGGAUUCUAAUUAUUUCCCAAGAAACUUUAGGGAUUCAAAUUCAAUCACACGAGCUUGUUACGCAAACAAACCCCUGCUUUUCCAUUUCAAUUACUGCGACUAGAAAACAAAAUCCAAUUCCAACCCGGAUUAAUUGGAGUUGAUUUCAGCCUGAAGUGGAUUUUCCUGGACCGACUGAUGUUUUCUCUCGUCUGCUCGGUAUUGUCACCAGCAGUCAGUCAGCCUCGAUAAACUAAUGUCUGUAUGUAGGCCAGACAACCACAGCUGUCACAAACUUCAUGCAUUUGCUAUGAUGAAGCUGAGGACAGAAGUGGAGAGAGAGGCUAUCAAAAACUCACGAUUGGCAUUUCAAGACCACAGACAUCCAUUUAUGUAUUUUUUCAGAAUAUUGCUGUCCCAUUUUUAUCAGCCUCUUCACCAUUGUAGAGGUGGAGAGACUGUUUUCCAGUCUAGUCAGUUCUAGAGUGACCCACUGAUGUACAUACAUCGGUCUCCAAUUUUAUUUUUCUUUGUGUGUACAAUAGUUGCCAAGGAGAAUUCUGCAAGUUGGAGAUUGGUAAUGGCCAAGAAUGGCCACCCGAUGUGCCCCGCAUGUGCACUUUUAUUCGCUGUAUAUGCUGUGUAUGAUGUGGCCCUGCUUGGCUUUUCUGAGCUGAUGAUGUCUUCCUCUUUGCCAGUAAAGCCAAGGAAUCCUAAAUUGACCUAGAGAUUUUGGAAACAAAUGUUUGCUUUGUCCAGUUUAGCAACUAUUGACCCCACAUAGCAGUGAAAACAAAAGCACUGAAGUUUGCCCCUUAAAUCACCUGUGAAGGUGAAAAGGUUUUGAUCAAGCUUUGAUGCUGAAAACAUCCCAAGAGGCUCAACUAAAAUGAGUAUAUAACUACAGUUAGCAGAAAGCUUCUAGACCUUUGAAGAGGAAUCAUGGUUGUAGUUUAGUAAAUCAGCAUUGCCACUGUUCCAUUCUGUAAUCCAUGGUAACAAUGUGUUUAUCUGCUGUUUGCAGUGUGUGGCACUCAGUCAGGAGGAUGAUGGUUAUCCCUAAAGAGAGGGUGGGGAGUCGCCGCCCCUCCUCUCCCUCCACACCUCCACAUUGAGCUGCGGCGGAGAAAGAGAAGGAGUCCUCAUUUUGCCUCCCGUUGAGGAGCAGGGAAGACACAUACAUACCCUAAACCUCCAUCUCUUCUCACGUCUGGAGUAACACUACUAGCCUUUACUACCUCUCUUGCCAUUAGUUCACUUGUCGCCUUUGCUUUGCUUCUGUUUUCCCUCUGUGGUUUCUUUCUCCUCACUAACCACAUGGUGUUGCAAGAAUGGCCUGGGUUUUAAUUCUGUCUAUUUAUUUGUGUGUUUCUACCCUAAGUACAUGACUGGAACAUUUUUGCAUGUAGUUCAUUGCUGUGCAGACGGACUUGGAAAAACAUGGCUUCAUGGCAGGAGUGGUAGAUCAGAUAACAUCACGAUCACAAAGAUCGCAGGCAGCAGCUGAUCAAUAAGUCCUUCUUGCUUUGGUAAUUGUGUUGGUGGCUACCUGCAUUCGUCUGCCUUCAAAGGCAAACUGUUGCACAACGACUUUGACAGUACAAAGCUAGAGACCAACAACAAAAUGUGGAAUGUCAUAUCUCCAUUUCUGUUUACUUCAGUGACAUUGCCAGCAUUUAUGCAUGUGAUUAGUCGCAGUGGGGAAAUUCAACUAAUAGCAAUAUUCUGUAGGACUCUGGAGAAAUAUGUCCGCAAUUUACAGUUUCAGUUUUGGUCACAUGUUCUACCAUGUGAGUGCAGAGAUUAGAAAAAAAAAGCAUCUUGCAUGUCAGCUGACAACUUCCACUUCCUUUCACCGGGAACCAUAAAUACCUAUGUGGUACUUGACUGAAACACACACUAUUGUCACUGAAAACCCAACAUACUUCAUCCGCAGCCUGUGUCUGCAUUGUUUUGAUGUUUCAUUCAGCUUAAACAUGUCUGGAGUGCUUCUGAUGGCUUUCAGUUGUGGUCUGCAUCCCACCAUCACUCCCUUGAUCUGGACUCCAAGAACAUGCACUUAGACUGUGAAACUUCAGAAAGGACUCACUUGUACCGUGGUCAUACUUAAGAUCAUGACGAUGCAGAGUCACCCCUCAGGUUACUCUUAUUGUGCCACUCGAGGGCUUUCUGUUUCCUGCACGUUACACUUCAGGACCACGGCCAGUUCAUGCCAAGUUCUGCAGCGUAGUAUUUAAAUGGCAACACUCAUCGUUGUAAGGAGACCUCCGCCAUGAACAUAGAUGCUGGCAGUGUGACUACAGACCAAAUAUCCUGGAGGUGCCCUCAAAUUAUUUGUGCAGUUCAUGAAUUUACUCAGGGUUUAGGACAUUGUUCCAUCAAGAUGCCACCAUGGCUGAGAAAGUCAUCCACAGGAAUGAAGCAGGUGGAACAAUAGGAUGGAUGAUUGUUCCAACAGUCAGUUUACCCUUAUAAAGCCAACUUUUUAUGAAGCAUUUCUUGGCAAGUGCAUCAUUUUUUCAUCCUUCUUGGCUCAGAACAUCCGAACAUCAUCCUUCUUCUCGGUAUCAGCCUCGGCAGAAAAGCCUGACUUACAGUACGUCUCAAGCUAAAUUUAGCCAAAGGGGACAGGCGAUGUAUAAAAGAAAAGAACGGUGUGUUUGGAGGUGAUUUUGGGGUGAACGAGCGAGCGCUGCUGUGGUUUUUGAAGCGAAUUGCAGGACUUGUGCCACCAGAGGGUUGUGCCCCAGGGCAAAAGUAAAGUGAGGGAGGAAAGGCUUGUGGGUAAUCGCUCUGCUCUCGGUGAUGUCAGUGAGAGACAUGAGUUUCAGUCUAUUGUGAAUAGCACGUCUUUUCCUUUUAGAUUUCUGCUGUUCUUGUUUAACUGUAGGCAACAACAUUGCUAAUUUGGUCUCAGGAAAGUUCACGCAUCUUGGUACAGAAAAGAUGAUUCCACGGCUUGUUUUCAUAAGCAACCAGAUUGGACGAAAAUGUUAUUUCUCAAAAAUAUAAUUAGAACAAAAAGGCAGAAGUCAAGCACUCACUUAGAGUCAGGCACGAUCUUAUCGUGUCUUAUCUUACUAAUUUUAUUGAACAUGAAGCCUGAAUUAUUUGGCAGCGUGAAAGAUUUGUCUUUACAAGUCCCACUCUCAUAACUGCACUUGCGACUUUGAGUGUUAGCUAACCAAAAACAUUUACCAGGCUUUGUACGUCAAUGAUCAGUGAGCAACAUAUUCCCACUUUACCUUUUAAUUCGGCAGCUCUGUUCCUAGAUUGGACGCACGAAAGAACACUCUGUCGCCCACUGCAUGCUGCGCUUGUAAAUCUUGCUGAGGAUUUUUUUUGUUUUGUGCGAACAGAUGAGUUGUAUGCCGAACCUUCGGGGCAGUGAUCUGUAAGACGGAUACAGAGAAAAAUGUGUAGACCAGUGUGAAGAGCUGAUCUCCUAUUGGAGAGCCACAGACUUGCUUCCAGACCACUGACUCUUGAUUGAAUUCAUGCCCAGUGAGUAACACAAUCUCAGCGCUAGUUUUAAACAGUGAAUAACAAGGAGCUGCUGUGGAAACACGACAAGAUUAAUGUUGUUGUGGCGGAUUAGCAAGAUGGUUGUCUGUUAAUCUUUGUGGGACAGUUACACCAUCUUAAAGUUAGGGGCUGCAUGCUUCAGAUCAGUAGAUGCACAUCUGAUACGUUUCUGGGAGAAUGCUUCCAAAGUGACUGGUUAAAUCUGGUCUGUAACUUGCUACGGUCGUAGUGACUUGACUCAUUGUAACGGUUAAUGGUCUGAAGACUCCACUGAGUUUCUCCAUGGAUUCAACAGGUGGCAACAACUGACUGAGAAAGGAUUGUUGCCCGCUGCUGGAGGGUCAAUGACUGAAGCUUGACAUGACUGCUUUGUUGAAAGAACAACUGAGCAACUCUUUACUGUUGCAAAUAUUCCACAAAGGGGUCAGCGUGUGGAAUGGCUAAUUUCAGACUUUCAGGAUUUAGAAGUACAGUUUUCAAAAUGAUGAUAGGAAAUAAAGUAGUCUGAAGUCCUUCCCGUGGGUUUGCUUUGUGCCGCUCUGGAUUACUGGGUCAUGGUGAUGUUAAGAGUCCAUCGGUGACCUAGGCCCCUAAGACCUCAGUCUUCAGUUUUCACUGGGUUCUCUCACAUCUGUGUGUGAGGGUGGGCAUCCUGAAUGCUGAACUGCAAGACUGCUCUGGAUGUCAAAUUGUGCAUUGCAACACUGCCUCUCCAGAAAAGUCAACACCAGGAUUUACCUAUGCAAAUAGGCACAAGACUCCUAAUGGGGUGGGGUUAGGGUCCAGGGGCAUAUUGGCUAGAAGAAGAAUCAUUUUAACCCUGGAUUGGCCACCACAGAGUCCUGACCUUAACCCCAAUGAGAAUCUGUGGGAGAUGCUGGAGAAGCCUUUGUGCAGUGGUCAGACUCCACCAUCAUCAAUGCAAGGUCUUGGUGAAAGCCUGUUGAAACAAUGCCAUGGUAAAUGUGAGCUGUCAUCAAUCAGCCAGGCAGCGCAUGUCUUCCUAUGCAGGUCUCUUGGGUCCUUCAAAGCUUAUCAACACCAGUAGGCAGAAUUAGGAAUCAGUUGCCUUUACAUAUAAGAGUUUGGAGAAGUGUUGGUGUCUUGCAAAGUUAGGUUUCUCGCUUCUCGCAACGUCACAUGUGUCUGCAGGGCUUUACAUCAUCUUGUGAUGCAGGUGUUUCACAAGUUGGAAAAUAGAAGAGGGGGUUUAUCCAGAACCGUGUGGACCGUAAUGUGGCUGGAAAACAUCCCAGGAUUCCUUCUUUUGGAACUGGCUGAAAGGAAAUGAUAACUGCCUUGAGGGCAUUCGGAAUGCUGCUUCGCCUCCAUUUUGGAAGUAUAUUAUGAGUCAUGCCAUGUUUCAGCUCAUCUUUGCAUGAGGUGUUUUCUACAUUUAUCCUCCUUCUUGUAAAUCAUCUGACAGUGUUGGCAGCCUCUCAUAGACGAGCUUGCAAACAAACAUCGCACAGGUGAUGGAUAAUACUUACAUCCCCGCAUUCUGGCUGUUCCUUGGAAACUUUUGCUCAUUUGAAAUUCUAGUGCUCCCACUGGGGAGGAGGAAGCGACUGCCAGAUUCUUGGCAGCAAACAGAUGCAGGUAUUUCUGUGCAUGGAAGAUAACUGCAGGAUUGGUUAUUCUUCAUGAUCUCCUCUCACCGCUCUCAGGCAGAAAGUACUCUUGUUUGAGUGAAUUACUCACAGUCAGUGAUAUGGGUGACUGCAUCUGAUAUGAGGACAGGUAAAUUGUCCUAUCAGCGCUCCACUUCUGAGAGUCCAGGGAGAGGCAGGGAUGAACGAAUAGCAGAAAAUAACGUUGUCAAAAGACAAUUGUCGUAGAAGCUUCCAUAUACUCCGCCAUAUCCGUUUACUCGAAAGUAGUAAUUUCUCUAAAAUAAAUUGACUGUUGACAACUUGCUAUCAAAUACAAUCAUUCAGUACUGGAUGACAUUUGGAGGAACAAAUGAUGUCCAAAGCCUCUGCUUUGUUUGGUUUUAAGUCGAUUUUGUUGAGUAGUCAGAGUCUCUGGCAGAUUGGGGAAGGACACAAGUUCAAUAUAGUACUAACAGCUGUUGCUAAACGUUUUUUUACAUGGACAAGUUGCACCACAAAAUGAUGGCUAACUGGAAUAUGCAUCCAUCCAUCUUCGCCUGCUUAUCCUUCUCCAGGUUGCCUUUUCCUGGGCAACAUCCACCAGCACCGACUGGGAGAUCCCGAGAUCCUCGGCCAGUGAAGCGAUAUAAUCUCUAGAUAUACAACGAGCAGCUCUGCUCCGAGUCUCCCCCGAGUAGCAUAGCGUUUCACUCGAUCUCUACGGCAGACGCCCGCCACCUGCCAAAAGAAACUCAUUUGAGCUGCUUAUAUCCAAGAUCUUAUUCUUUCUAUCAUGAGUCAAAGCACAUGACCAUAGGCCACUGGCCUUUUGGCUCAGUUCUUUCUCUCUCUCUUGCAGUGCGGUAGAGCAAUUACAACUAUCCCCCCGCUCCACUGAUUCAGUGACCAAUCUCUGACUCCCGUGCCCCCUCAUGUUUCAUGUGAGCAUUGCUUUGUCAGAUAUGCCACAAUGGAGUUAUGGUUUGAGGGGAUGGCUACGUCACAAUAGCACAUAUAUACAACCAUUUUUCCAUCAUCUGAUUAAAUGAUAUAGAAUGAGGGAUUAAAUAUCCGCUGUGUACAUGACUCUCAUAGACAAGAAAAAUUAAAGUUGUAGUGGUAAACAUGCACACGGGGUGAGAGUCAGAUCGGUUGUAUAGCAUGACCGACUGAAACGUCCUGAAUGAAAUUUCAUUCUGAACACACCAUAUUAAAGGAUUUAAUUCCAGAAGUGUUUAUAUGAAGCAUUUUCAUUCAGAGGUGGAUUAGUUCCAUAGGUCCGUGGAAACGCUGCUAGUGGGAGUCUUCACAGAGCACACUGCUGUAUGUGAUUGGUGAAAUGAAACUCACCUGUGGAAGAUAUCGCACUCUCCUGCUUGUGCUGUCUCUGUUGAAUUAGCAAACUCCAUAAAAGUUCAGAGUUGGUUCUUUCCUGUCUCUUUAAGGCCGCUACGUCUUGAAACGUAGUGUUUGAUAAGGUUAUACAGAAUGAAGAACACUAACAGAUCUAAUAUUUUUCCUUUUCUCAUUAGUUUCUCUUUCUGAACUGGUCUCCUGAUGGUUGACUUCUGUGCUUUUCUGUCCCACUGUUGCUGCUUUUAACCUGAAUCUUCUCACAUCUCAGCGUUUCACUUCAUGCAUGAUGAGGCUUUGAGUUUCCCUCAGCUUGUUGUUGCUGCUUUUGCUGAUAUUCCAUCCAGGCCUUUGGCAACUGCUGUCAGUCUUUAGUCACACACAUUGAGACACACACAUAAAGGGGGAAAAAUAACCUGGAAUCUGACAAAUAACAACAAACCCCAUGAGCCAGAGGGAAUAAACACUCUCCUGACUGUGAACCAGCAAACAAAGGGGAGAAGCAUCAACACGAGGAAAAGCUGUGCCCUCAGCUACGGAUCUGGACUGUGAAGCGAAACUUUGCUGAUUCCACUUGGCGGACUCCACUUGGCGGACGAUUAUCCCUUUUUCGAUCCAGUGACUUUCCUUCACCAAACGUAUCAAGCGGGACGGUAAUUUUGUGAGUGAGUUGUGGUUGUUUUUCCUUUCCAAAACACUUCCUGUUUCAUAUUUGAUCUUCUAAAUGUCUUACUACCUGGAGGUUGGUGUCCACUCAUCUGCCGUUUUCUAGCACUGAAAUUUGAGAUGUUUUUUAUUUAUAUCAUUAUAAAAGAGGGAGAUGUUUUGAAAAAAGAACUACUGAUUUUAUCAUAAAAACGAAACCAUCUUUAUUUACAUGAAGAACAAUAAUAGGUAUACUUCUGAGGGGAUUUUGGCAUUUGGUUUUGGGCUGCAAAACCGGGGAGACCCUGGACUAGCCAUUGGACACUAGUGAUGGGUAGUUAAGGUAUCAUGAAACAGUAUUGCAGGGUUGACGAAAUUGUCAUUAGAUGGCGCUCUUUACAAAUGAUGCAGGUUUCUUUGAAUUAUUCAUUCAAGUUCAAACAAUUUAUAUCACUGAAAAUCAGUGUACUGUUUCAUGAAACCUCACCGACCCUUCAAUACUGUGUCAUCCACCCUCAUCUACCCAUCACUGCCGGACACAUAUAGACAGACAAGUUCUCUAAUCUUUGGAGAAUUCUGACUCGUAGAGUGACAUCUGUCGGUUUUUGGACUGUGGGAGGAAACCUGAGUGAUGGCUUUUUCUCAGGUGCUAAAAUGAUACAACACUCUCCAUCCCUGGUGACUUCUAAUACUUCUUAUACUUAUUAUUUUAAGUUUUAUGCUGUUAUUGUGGUGAUUUUUUUUAUUGCUCAUGCUCUGUUCUCUAACAUACGAGUGUCAAGUCAAUGGCCAUGUUGUCCAAACCAGCUUAACCACUCAGUAUUGUUCUCCAUGUAAAGGUUGCAAGGCUCCUGCUGUUCUUCUCCAUUACUGAUCAGUCAUUGUCCAGAUUUUUUGUUGCACAAACUUUUCAAAAAGCCUUCUGCACUGUGUAAAGAGAAGGGGGAGGAGCAAAUACAGGGGCGAAGCCUGAAAGACUACAAUGGUUUUGAAUUUGUAAAUAUCUUUUUCAUACGGCAAAAAACUUUUUGAUAAUGUUUUAAAUGUAAAAAAGAACAAAAAAAAUGUUGUACAUAAACCUGGGUGGGUGAUGCGAGUGUAGACUAAAUAUGAAUUUAUUUGUACACAAGAGCACUGGAUUUCUUUACUACUUGAUUGUAACUCAAAUUAAUAAUCUGCCAAAGUGUUUUAUUCUUUUCUCUCUUUUUGUCUGAUCCAUUUAUUUGUCCUGGUCUUUUAACAGCAAUCGCAGAUUCUUAGUGAUCACGCUCUAUUUAAUUCCGUUUAAUAGAUUUGGUUGUUGUGUUUUGUUUUCUUUUGUUUUUUUUUUUAAGUUAUAAUUUAUUGGUGCCUUGUUUUUUUGUGCUCCUGUGAACAUUUACUCUCUGUUCUUCUGUGUUCCGUGUCAGGGAGGGGUAGGGGAUUUACAGGCGGGUGGACGGGGUUUCUCCAAACUUAGCGUCUUCUGUACUUACAUGGAUUACCUGUUCUGUAUACCAAAAUGGUCUCACUCACGUUUUUAUGAAAUCAAGCUGUUCAUAAAUAUCUCUAUAUAUUGAUAUAUUAAAUUUAUAAAAAUCUGUCCAGCUUUGUGUCCUUCUGUCUGAUGUUUUACAUAAAUGCACUGCCUUUCCUGACCUUUCGACAACACCUCUGCAGCUGCCCAUCUGAAGAGAUGACAGUAAGUCGUCGGGAUGUUU